AUGAGGUGUAAGAAGCAUCUAGCCGACGCUAGUAGUAGCGUCGGUAUUUGUGCUUCGUGUCUGCGCGAACGGCUAUUUGCUGUGAUCGCGGCGGAGGAACAAGCACAAGCACAAACUCAUUAUAAACAUUAUGAGGCAAUUCAAAUACAGGAAGACCACCGGGAAAGAGUCACCAAUCCUCCGCCUCUAGCGUUUCCUCGCUCCGUUUCGCCGUAUAUUUCUCGCCGGAAAUCUGAUUCUACGCCCUUUCAAUUCCAGCAAUAUUCAUUUCAUGGAGUUCCAGAUCAAAGAUUUUUCAGUACUCCACAUGUGGGUCCCAACGGAAAAACAAUAACUGCUGCCACCUCGCAUAAGAAGAAGAGUUUCAAAUUUCCUUUGUUAUCGGGUCUGUUUAGAUCCGGGUCGAGUAAACCGGGGUCGGAUCCUAGGGUUUCAAAUUCUGGAGAUUAUUACCCCGCAUCGUCGUCUUCAUCACCGUCGUGGUUCUCCGGUUUUCUGCCCAUUCGCCGUAAAAAGCAAUCACGGACGUUUUCAUUGGACGAAUCGACGAUCGAAGGUAAACGGAGGAUUUGCCGGGACCACGAUCGAGGAAUGUCUCCGGCGCGAUGCACCGACGAGGAGGAAGACGAGAAUAUCCACGGCGGAUCGAGCGGGUACUCAUCGGAGACUCCGAGGAGAAAACCGGCCGCUCAACUUGGCCGGAGAACCGGCGGGAAGUCGGGUCAUAACCGGAGCUUCUCUGGGAUGGCGUUUUGCUUGAGCCCGUUGGUACGUGCGAGUCCGGCGAAGCCUCAACUGUCAAAUGCGACGUCAUUUUGCAAGAAUAGAUCGAGGAAGCUUGUAGAUUUCGGGAGGUUAAAUCCCAACCGUUAA